AUGCUCUCGGUCUUACACAGCAUAUGGAAGAUCGCCGCUGGCGGGGAUGGGUACGAGAAUACAUUGUCCACGUCGGCUGCUGAAGAAAGUGCGCAGUUGGUGACCACGCUUACGAGUGACUUCGAGGAGUUAACAUGCGACCUUCGGCGCUUGCUUACAGUUUGGUCAUCGCGAUGCAAUGCAACAUUGGUUAUGAAGCAACAAGAGUUAGCCUCCACGGAACGAGGACUAGCUGAUGAGAGGGCGCGCCUAUAUCUGGAAUUUGAUGACUACAAAGCCCGUGAGAUGCGGAAGUUGCACGAAGCCCAACAAAGGCUGGACAACACCCUCGCUGACGUCACCAAACAGAUAGAAAGCGAGAAGGAGGCUGCGAGGCAACGAAUUGAAGGUGAGAGAGAAAAAUUUGAAUUGGAACGCCAAAGAUUUAUGAGGUCGAUCAGACAGGUAGAGGGCGAUCUGGCAGAGGCGAUGAAGAGAAUUGAGGAGGAGAAUCGUCGGGUAAGGAAUAUUAAGUUGAGCCAAAGUCGCAUGGUGGAAUUUAACGUAGGAGGACAGUUGUUUCAAACGAGCCGGAGCACGGUCGAGAGUCAAAGAGGAUCACUCCUAUGUGAUCUUAUUAGUGGAAGACAUGAAGGCAUCAGCAUGCCUAUCUUUAUUGACCGUGAUCCUGC